UUUUGUUUUGCUGUAUGAAUAUUGGAAGUUAAUAACAUAAUAACAACUGUGUCGACUGAGUGAAGUGAAACGGCUCAUUAGGGAGGUGUUAUCGUUCAUCUUGUAUCCCGUUCACGUUUGGGACAGUUGACUCGGUGUGUGAUGUGUGCCAUCUGAGCCAGUCUGCCCGGACAUUCCUCUCCCUGAAGAGUGUGAGCGUGGCGCUUCGAGUCGGGGGGCAGAGGAGGCGAAGCGGGUUCCGGUGGGGAUCGACCCGAGGCCAAGGCCACCGACCUCGGCCGGCAGGAGGACAGGGGGAUCUACGCGGCUCCGAUGGAGUCCCAGGAGUCCCAGGACGCACCGGACGGCACCGACGUUCACCGAGCCUUCAUCUGCGCCUCGUUCAACCAGGACACCACUUCUCUGUCUGUUGGCACAAAGACCGGCUACCGGCUCUUCUCGGUCACUGCUGUGGACAAACUGGACUGCAUCCAUGAAGGAGAGUGUCCGGAUGUUUAUAUAGUGGAGCGACUGUUCUCCAGCAGCCUGGUGGUGGUGGUCAGUCUGUCCAUGCCCCGGCGAAUGAACGUUUACCACUUCAAGAAAGGUACAGAGAUUUGUAACUACAGCUACUCCAACAACAUCCUCUCUGUCCGGCUCAACAGACAGCGGCUGGUGGUGUGCCUGGAGGAGUCGGUCUACAUCCACAAUAUCAAAGACAUGAAACUACUCAAAACCCUGCUGAACACACCCAUCAACCCCACAGGUCUUUGCGCUCUCUCCGUCAACCACAGUAACUCCUACCUGGUGUAUCCUGGCAGCGCCACCAUCGGAGAGAUCACUGUAUACGACGCCAACAACCUGAGCACCCUGACGCUGAUCCAAGCCCACGACAGUCCCCUGGCCGCCCUCACCUUCAAUGCCUCUGGCAACAAACUGGCCAGCGCUUCAGAGAAGGGCACCGUCAUCAGAGUCUUCAGCGUUCCUGAAGGACAGAGACUCUUUGAAUUCCGCAGAGGCAUGAAAAGAUAUGUUAGCAUCAGUUCACUGUCCUUCAGCGCCGACACCCAGUUCCUGUGCGCCUCCAGCAACACUGAGACCGUCCAUAUCUUUAAACUGGAGCAGCACAGCCCCAGUCAGGACGAGGAGUCUCCUACAUGGUCAGCAUACAUGGGCAAAAUGUUCACAGCAGCCAGCACCUACCUGCCCAGCCAGGUGUCCGACAUGAUGCAUCAGGACAGAGCCUUCGCCACAGUGCGGCUCAACAUGUUUGGCCUGAAGAACAUCAGUGCUCUGGCUACGAUUCAGAAGUUACCUCGUCUGCUGGUGGCGUCCUCAGACGGGUGUCUCUACAUUUAUAAUGUGGAUCCACAGGAUGGAGGCGAGUGCGUCCUGAUCCAAAAACACAGGCUGUUUGACACCAACGAGGAGCAGGUGGAACAGAAGGAAGAGGAGGUUCCAGAGGAUGUCUCUCCCCAACCAGCCAGCCAAUCCUACGCUGCCACUGUGGCUCUCCCUUCAACCCCACCCUCCUCCACCACUCUCAUGGGUUACUCUGAGGAAGGUGGAGCCCAGAAGGGUGAGGUCAUCCCCGAGCACGAGUUCGCCGAGAGCCCUGUCUGUCUGGACGACGAGAACGAGUUCCCUCCGUUCGGCAACCAGAGUAAUUGACCAAAUCCCUCUCUCAUGAAACAUCCUAUCCAAUCCCUGCAUAACAAUCAGACUGUUUUCAAGCAGGAAGUUGGACAAAAAAUAUUCCUCUGUUGAGACAUGGUGACACCCCCACCCUUCCACGUGUACCCCUGCUGGCCUAGGAUCAAAUCUUUGCCAGAAUGUUACUUCCCGGUGUUUCGGUAUUCUCAGUCCCUCUCAAUUUUUGUAAGGAAUAAUGGGGGAAAAAAAGGGUGGAAGGGUCCGAUCAUCACUAAAACAAAUUCACAAUAUAUUAGACAGAUUGAAAGACUGUCCAAGUGUCCCGUCGUUAACUUCCAUGUUACGCCAUUAACAACAGUGUUUAAACUAUUUUUUUUUUUUUUAAUAAUGAAACCCUGACAACACAAUGAUGUAAUUGUUGCACAAUUAUAUCAUGGUAGCAAUCAGAUGCACGCACAUGUGAUUGAUCUGGCAGAGUAUUAAUGAGCAGACUGAAUAUACCAAGAUAGUAGAGGACACAACAGGCGGGUCUGGCCUGCAGCCGUUUUGAGGUAACCAGGGGCAAGAUUCACAAAAAUGAUCUUAAGAGAGGUCAUCUGAAAGGUAAUUUUAGCAGCUUCUAAACAAGCCAAGUGCAAUCAGACAAUAAUAUAAAUACAAAACGAAAUUAGUAAACUCUCUUUAAGAUCAUUUCUUGUUUUCUGUCCCUUACAAGUCUUAGAAAUAAGCACCUGAAAGUAUAUCAUAUGGAAAUAUUUGUUAAUCAGGCCUUUAGGAAUGUUUUCAAUGGGCAUUAAAUGUGUCACACCUCAGUAAAGAGGGGCAGUAGUUCACUCAAGAAGGAAAAGAUGUGGUAAGUGUGAUACACUAUUUAAACCAUGGUACAUGCAGUUAGUAUAAUAUGACUUGCAGAUGCAGCUGUCAUACUAAUUAUGGUGGCGAUAGAUGAGACUAAACACCUGCAGAGUCACAAAUGUAUCCUGAUAAUAUGUGGAGGAGUCAUCAGCUAACUGUGAAGAGCUUGAUUGUGAAGCUGCACACGGCAAAGUUACAGGUCCUUGAAUUUCACUAAUAUCCUGAUAUUUUUAUUUACUAUAAAUGAUGCUGAAUACAGUUUGUUAACAUGCAAGUCAUUUUUACUUUGAUGUAUGAAAUAUUAUUUUGCAAAAAUGUUUUAAGUAUUACACAUCAACGCAUAGACCUACCAUGCGUGCAUAUAUAUUGAGAUUUUUUAUUGUGUGUAUAAUGUGUAUAUAACAUUUAUAUAUAGUACUGUUGUAAUAAGUAACAUGGUAAUACCAUUUGAUUUGCCAAAAGGUGGCGCUGCUAGGACACCCGUUCGCUGCAUUGAGUUGUUCAAUACUGGACAUUGACGCCAGAGACUCAUUAAAGCUGAGAAGUGAUUAAACCUACAUGGUGUUGUUUUUUUUUAACAUAGCAUAAUUUAUGUUUAUAAUAUUUUAAUCCUGUUUUGAAUCUAAUC